UCUGUCCGCGAGAAGAGCCCCACAGCUCCCCGCGAGGCGCCCACCCUCACCCCGACCGAUGAUGUGAAGAGGAGACGCGUCGGGCCUGUCAGAUGGUUGAACUAACCCGCGCUCCUGUCUUCUCGCGCGCCGCCUGUUUCCAGCACUGCCCCACACUCCACGGCCGGGUCACAGGAGGAGGAUAUCCACGCGGGUACCUGCUGUGAGAUGCGGCCAUGUCCCGAGGAGUAUGCCCACGCGUGAGCUCCUGCGGAUGUCUUUGGGUCGCGCUGCUCUUCGCGGCGGCGGCGGUCCGGGUGGACGCGUACAGCUGUCAUGAGGUGAGGACGGCGUUCCAGCUGCGGCAGGUCGGACCGCUGAGCCGCGUCCCGGAGACACCUGGCACAGAUGUGGAUCUGCUGGUCUGCAAGCACAAGGGUCCGUCCUGCUGCACCCGGAAGAUGGAGGAGAGCUACCAGCUGGCCGUCCGGCGGGAAACCGUCCACAACAUUUACUCCUACAGCUACGAGCUGGAGCACCUCCUGUCCGGCCACGCCGACGCCUUCCAGGACAUGUUCCAGUACCUCCUGUCGUUCUCUCAGGGCCACCUCAGCUCUCUGCUGGAGGGAACCUACUCGCCGCUGUCCCGCCAGGCCCUCCCCCACGUGAACCAGCUCUUCUCCUCCCUCUCCCUGUACCUCCGCGGGGCCAACGUCUCGGUGGAGGCUUCGGUGCACCACUUCUUCAACCACAUCUUCCCGCUGGUCUACACGCGGCUCAUCAAUCCCGGCAUGGAAGGCGGCAUGACGGCGGGCAACGACAUGAGCGACUGCCUGCGCAUGAUCCGGCAGGACGUCAACCCGUUCGGGCCUCACCCGGCCGCCAUGGCGCAGGAGCUGGCCGGGGCGCUGGGGGCCGGGCGGCAGCUGGGCCUGGCCCUGGAGGAGGGCCUGGAGGUCAUGAACGCCACCGAGCACGCCGGCCUGAGCAAGGAGUGCGUGAAGGGCCUGGUGCGGAUGGUGUACUGCCCCCACUGCCGGGGCCUGACGCUCAUCAAGCCCUGCGUGGGCUACUGCCACAACGUGAUGCGCGGCUGCCUGGCCAGCGUGUCGGAGCUGGAUCAGCCCUGGAGGAGGUACAGCAGCCUGCUGGAGCAGCUCACCCACGCCAUGGCGGGCCACCACAGCCUGGAGCUGGCUCUGCUGGGGGUCCGGGGACACGUUAACGAGGCCCUGCUCUACGCGCAGCUCCACGGUCCGCUCAUUACCGCCACAGUGGACAAAGUGUGUGGCCUUUCCACCAAAGAACCUACAGGCACGCAGCCGACGAGUGCGGAGGUCGCGACCCCCACCGUGACCUCCGCCUCUCCGCUGCCAUCUGCCGCCCCCUCCCGAGCCCUCCCGGAGCAGUGGCUGGGGCAGCUGGCUCACUUGAGGAGCUCAUUCCCCCUGAAACCCUCCAAGAACAAUAAACAUAGUCUGAGAACGCUCUCUAGGGAGUUCUUGAUGUAUCUGCAGCGCUACAAGGCCUUCUUCGCGGCCCUGCCGGAGAUGCUGUGCGAAGGGGAGAACGUGGUGGACGACGCCACGUGUUGGAGCGGAGACGGCGUGGUGGAGAGCUACACGGGCAGAGUGGUGGGAAACGGCCUGCACGCCCAGAGGCAAAACCCAGAGGUCAAAGUUCGCAGCAUGGACCCUGCCAUGGAGGAGGUCAAGAAGAGGUUGGAGCUCUUCAACCAGGAAACCCAUGAAAAGUUCCCCAAACUGGGUCAGAUGGAGGCCUGGGACGACCUGGGCAGCGGGGAGACGGAGGACGGCAGCACGGCCGACUGCGAUGAUGAGGAUGGAUGUCAGGCCUCCGGAGACGGACCAGAAAAGAGCUCGCACAAAGACGUCUCCGGCGAGGGACAGCCCACCGGGAGGAAGCCGGGCGAAAACCCGCGUGAGAACCCGUCCAAGCCGCCCUCGGUGAAGGUGAUCGGCGGCUCGCCGCCCGCCGCCUGGAGCCUGGCGCCGCUGCUGGCCGGACUCUGCUGGCAGUGGCUCCUGUUCUGAUGUGCGACUCGGUCCUGGACCCCACGUGCACGCCAACACACACACACACACACACACAUGCAACACCUGACUGUGCUCGUCCAGGAGGAGGACGGACUGCAGAUGAGCCUCAUGGGAACUAAACGUCUGGCGGCGGCUGCGAUGUGGGUGCUUGCACGUCCGCUAUGUCAUUUCGGGUUCGACCUGUGCGUGUGUGUGCGUGCGUGCACACACACAGCCCUGCGAAACGCCUCGCCUCACUCACACAAACACACACUCAGAACGGGACUGCGGCGCUCUGACUUCACUUAAAAACUCUUACACUCACUUACACGCAUUUUGCAUUUACCAGAACAGCUGUCGUUCCUUUUUCUUUUUUUUUCUCUCUCUCUCCUUCCUCUCAUUUUCCUGCUGCUGCUGGUUUUACUUAUCCUCUCAAGCUUCCAAACCUCAUCACAGCGCUGCGCCAUUUGCCAGCCGGGCAGAAGAAAUCGGCUCAUUUGAGAGGCUCAACUCAUUUCUUUGCGAGGAUUAAGGAACGCAUGAUAGACUGAUAGAUCCGUCCCGGGUGCCCGGGACCCUCUAAUGACUGUGUACCUUGGCGGGGGAUUAGAUUGUAAUGAGUUCACAGGUACGGCGCGAGCCCGACACACUGCGCAGAUAAAUUAGGUGUGUAUAGUAUGUAACUGUAUAUAGGUGGAAAGGAUUUGAUGCAAGCUGCCUAAUGGGUUAUUCCCUUUUUAUUUUUCCUUUAAUGGGCUCCGCCCGCCCGCUCCACGGUACAGAGAAAAGGAAUGCGCGUCGUUUUCCCACCUGAAGCCGACAGUUUUUGAACCUUUUAAAACAAAAGAACAUGUGCAUUACUGAUUUCGUUGGUUAUCGUGCAUCCGGAUUGAGUGUGUUUGCUCGUUGAAUUGCACAUUAACGCAUGUAUGGGCGAUAAAAACAAGUAUUUUUAAAAAGAAAAUCAUCGCAGAAUUUGAAUAGUUUUUUCAUAAAUGACAGUUAUUUUUCUCUUCAGGCUUUACAGGAUGAAACAUGACAAAUAAGGAUGUUGCAAAAGUAUAAGGUACAAGCAAACAAAAGAAUCAUUAAACACGUCCCGUCUUUUGUUUGUUUGCACCUUAAACUUUCAUUUCUGCUUCAUCUUCCUCCGUUUCCGUUUUGCGGAUUACCGCAGCCGACUCGGCCCGAUCCGAACUACACACACACACACACACACGCACACACAGCAUCCGAGCUAAAAUGCAUCUUAAAUAUAUAUACAUACAUGCAUACGAUGUUACGCUGAAGCCUGCAGGGGAUGGAGGGGACAAUAACCACGACUCGUGCAGUUUAAACCUGUCAUCCUGUAUUUUUGUUUUUGUUUUAUUCCGGAUUUUCGCCUGAAUGAUCGCUUACAGCCCAACGCCUUCUCCGCAUGUGUAUAAAUGUACAUAUUUUACAUCA